AUGGCGCCCUUAUCGGGGUCUGAUGCAGAUCACUUCAAAGAAAAGGCGCGGAGGGAUCUGCUGACCUUACUAGAAGGCGCUCGGGGUAAAAAGAACCUCGUCAUAAGUCAGGAGCUGGCUGGUCCAGUGGGGCUAUUCGUCAAGUUCUCCGAGCUCCAGGACUAUGGAGUACACCGGGUCUUCUAUCUGGAAAAUGCAAACAUCGACUCAUCACAACGCAAUGUUGUAUUCCUAGUUCGUGGCGAGAAGGCUCGCCACGUUCGAAUUGUGGCAGAACAAAUCAAACGUUUGCAGAAUAAUGGUAACGUCGAACAUGAAUUUUCCAUUUUUUUCUCUCCAAGACGGACCCUUGUGAGCAAUGCGGUCUUGGAAGAGGCCGGAAUUACUGGCGACGUAAAUAUUGCUGAAUUCCCUCUCUAUUUCAUGCCUCUAGAACAAGAUAUCUUGUCACUAGAGUUGGAUGACUCCUUUAGUGACUUGUACUUGCACAAAGAUCCUGGGUGCAUCUUUCACGCCGCCAAGGCUCUUAUGGGCAUUCAACAACGGCACGGGUAUUUCCCAAGAAUUGUCGGAAAGGGCAACAAUGCCCGACGCCUGGCAGACCUGCUGUUGCGCAUGAGGAAAGAGCUCGAUGCAGAGGAGAGCUCUGGAUUGGCUGAUCCAUCAGCACGAGGACUCUUGCCAAGCCCGAGUGUAGAGAAUCUGAUCAUUAUAGAUCGUGAUGUGGACUUUGGGACUGCUUUGCUCACACAACUCACGUACGAGGGCUUAAUUGAUGAAUAUGUUGGUAUUAAGAACAACCAAGCAGAUGUUGAUACAAGUAUCGUCGGUCCUGCCUCUGGGCCACAAUCUCAAGAAUCCUCCAAGACUCAGCAGCAUGGCCCGCCAACAAGAAAGGUUCAGCUGGAUGCUUCGGAUCAACUGUUCAGUCAACUUCGAGAUGCAAAUUUUGCAAUUGUGGGUGAUAUCUUGAAUAAAGUGGCACGCCGCUUAGAGAACGAGUACGAGACUCGCCAUUCGGCGAAAACAACGGGCGAGCUUCGAGAGUUCGUCAAUCGUUUACCAACUUAUCAGCUGGAACAUCAGAGUCUUCGGACUCACACCAAUCUAGCAGAAGAGAUCAUGCGACUCACGCGCUCCGAAACCUUCCGCAAAACACUAGAGGUCCAACAAAACAAUGCAGCCGGCGCAGACUCAACAUACCAGCACGAGACAAUCGAAGAGCUCAUUGCCCGAGACGUCCCAUUAAAGACUGUACUACGUCUCCUUUGCCUGGAAUCCUGCAUGUCCGGCGGUCUGCGCCCACGCGACCUAGAGAACUUCAAGCGACAGAUCGUCCAAGCUUACGGCCACCAGCACCUUCUCACUUUCUGGGCCCUAGAAAAGAUGGAGCUCCUCCAGCCCCGAUCCUCAGCCACAACCAUGCUCCUCCCGACUUCCGGCGCGCAGGCAGGCACCAAGACAAACUACGGAUACCUGCGUAAGAACCUUCGUCUCGUCAUCGAGGAAGUAAGCGAGAAGGAUCCGAACGAUAUCUCUUACGUGUACAGUGGAUUCGCACCGCUCAGCGUCCGCUUGGUACAAUGCGUCCUACAAAAGUCCUACAUGGUGUCGCUCAUAAAAGGCGGUACGCCUGCUGCUUCAUUGAACACCGCUAACACAACGUCUCCUGGCUGGCUUGGCUUUGAGGAUGUUGUCAAAAGUGCUCGCGGUGCAACUUUCAGUAUUGUGCAGAAGGGCGAUGAUAAGGCUGUGCGGGCACGUCAGACGCUGAGCGGGAACACUGGUACGAAGACUGUGUAUGUCUUUUUCCUGGGUGGCAUUACCUUCACGGAGAUUGCUGCGCUGCGUUUUAUUGCUGCGCAGGAGGCCCCGAAAAGGAAGAUCGUUAUCUGUACCACGAGCAUCAUCAGUGGCGAUCGAAUGAUGGAGGCGGCCAUAGAGAAGGGUAGUUUUGCUCCGGGCAAGACGAAGUAA